UCAUAUGGCAUAGAGAAUCACAUGUACAAUAUAUAAAUCUCUGAAAACAAGCUAACUACUCUUUUGUUUACAUAGGAUGUGACUGUGGAUUGCUGUCAAAAUGAGUGAAACACCUUCAACUAGUUACUCGGUGAAUCAGCCAAACUCCUCCGAGAGUGAACAGAGUUUAUCCACGCGUCAUUUCAAUGUUACUGAACCUGUUGUGGCAAAACGGAUCUGUUUCUAUAAAAGUGGAGAUCCUCAGUUUAAUGGGAUCAAAAUGGUCAUUAAUAACCGGUCUUACAAAACAUUUGAUGCCUUGCUGGAUAGUUUAUCCAAACGGGUCCCAUUACCUUUUGGAGUAAGAAAUAUUAGUACACCGAAAGGGAGACACAGCAUCACCAAUUUGGAGGAUCUUGAAGAUGGAAAAUCUUAUAUUUGCUCCCAUCAGAGGAAAAUGAAGCCCAUCAACCUGGAACAGGCUAGCAAAAAGCCACUGCCCUGGCAGAUCAGUAGGCCUGUCAGUGCUCGUCGUCGAGCUGUGCAAUUAGCAAGGGAGAAUGAAGAUGGAUUUGGCUAUCGAGAAAGCAAAAUAACAACUCCCAAAAAGAUGCUUGUUUUCAAAAACGGGGAUGUAAGACUCAGGCGCACCAUAGUUCUGGGAAAGAAAAAUACACAAACCUUUGAGGCUUUUCUGGAUUAUAUGAGUGAGUUAAUGCAAUAUCCAGUCGUGAAACUAUAUACCACUGAUGGCAGAAAGGUUGCUAAUCUUCAGGCCCUGAUAUUGUGCUCUGGAGCUGUUGUCGCAGCGGGAAGAGAGCCUUUUAAACCAAGCAAUUAUGAUUCUCUUGGGUAUUCACGGCCUGCUAAAUUGCUUGGAAUUGCAAAUCGUGUAUACCCAAAAUCAAAUAUCAAGUCAGAAAGUGAAAACACGAGGGCUGAAAUGGGCUCUAGCUCAAGAUCUCAGAUAUUUUCAGUUUCUUCUGAUAAAGGGUCCAGCAAUGAUAACAUCUCAAAUGAUAACAACUCAGAUUCUUCCUAUGUUCCUGACGGUCAUAAUGGUAUAGGAGGAAAUCAGUCAGUUACUGGUGAAGACUUAUCUGUGGCACAGUAUGAAGACAACAUUGAGAAAUCUGUUCAUGUUAAUCAAGAUGGCAGUAUCACAGUGGAAAUGAAAGUUCGAAUCAAAAUUAAAGAGGAAGAAACUAUUAAAUGGACAACCACUGUAAGUCGUGCUGGCCUUUCUGAUGACAAAAAUACCACCAUUUGCAAUUCUGCAAUGCAUGCGGAAGACUGCUUAUCCAAUGUAAAUGUAUCAGACUGUAUAAAAUCAAGAGAAGGUCCAUUUUUGAAGAGCUACAAUAAAGAAGAGGGAGACUCAUUACAGCAAUUCAAUGCAGAAGUGUCAGACAAAGAACCAGAGUCUGAUUUUAAAACUGCUGGUUGUAAUAUCUGUAAGAAGAACAGUACUGCAGAUCUAGAUGUAAGCAAUGUACCUGAGGAUAGUAUCAGGCCUCACUUUUAUAGACCUCCCACCCCUGGGCCAAGGCGUGUUAGACAAAAGAAAGCAGUAGUUGAAAGUGUCACCUUGGUAUCUGAGAAAGAGGUUCAGAAGAAGACAAUAGGACAGUUUUCCUACAGUGAGGAAAUACAGAAUGGAGAAAAUAAAUCUGAGUAUUGCAUGGUAGCUCGUUCAAGCAGAACAAAAUCAAGUGUCAGUAAUCCAAAGUUCAGUGACAUGAGUGACAAUGAUUUAUUAAAGCUUUCUUCAGAUAACAUAAAAGAAGAAAUGCUUUUUAAAGUAAGACACAAAAGUAAUGAUUUCAUAGAAACCACAAAUAGGAAGACAUUAGAAGUGCCUGACGACGAUGAAUCGGUACAGAAUAUAUUAGAGAAAUCAAUUGCAGAACAAGACAAAAGCAUAUGUCCUGAAGAUGAGUUCUGUCAUCAGGAUUCAGCGGAACAAAAUGGAUUAUCAUCUAAUAAAAAACCAAGAAGUAAUAACAACAAGUUGACCAAAGCAAAAUUGAAAUCAGGUAAAAAAAUUAGUAUUGUUUCAUCUGCAAAGAGUGAAGAUGGUUUAAUGACAGUUGAUUCAAACAAUGAAUCUGAACACAGUCAAGAUACACUGAGUACUGAGAAAGAAGGCACACAUCUCACGACGAGUUCUUUUGAACAGACACCUAACUCAUCAGUGGUUUCAAAUCCAUUGUCAGAAGUGCCAAAGAAUCUUAACUCUGAAAAAGAAAGAGAAAAUAAUAGUUUGGAAAAUUUAUCAUCAAAGAAAGAGAAAAAGCAAAAGAAGAUGAAGAAAAAUCCAAGUAAAGGUGCAAAUAAGUUAAAUAUGUCGGAGAGACCCAUUACACUAGAGGCUCUAAAACAGGAGGAUUUUCAAGAGGAAGUUGUUGAGUGUUCACUUGAAAACUAUGUCCAAACUUGGCUGAAAAACUUGUUACCAAAUUCUGUCUUACCCCCUAUAAAUAAAAAAGAAGGGAAUGUAGAGAAUAGCAAUGUCUGUCAUUUUCCUAAUGAAAAUGCUGAUGCUCCUAUAGAUAAAGAAACAAGAUUUAUCACAAAUAAAGUGCAUGUGACUGGGAAAAAACAUCUGUUUGAACAUAAUCUAACCAAAAAAACAUUAAAGCCAAUUUACGAUUUGGGAACUUUAGAAGAAUCAGCCAAGGAUUCAGGCGAAAAACAAACUGACUCUUUGAUUCAUGCUAAUACAACUAUAGUAGGAGAAGCCAAGUAUUCACUAAAGUCAGAAUUUCAUCAUGAUGGUAAGCUACACUUGUUUCAUGAAACACAGGAUAAUGACAAAAAGAUGUCAGAAGCUGAUAUUCAAGAUACCAACCUAUGUCAAAGAAAAAAAUCUGAAGUUGCUGUUCAAGUUGAUUGUGCAAUUGUCAAUGAGAAAAUGGGAAUUGAUGUUCAGAAUAAUUGCAUGUCUAACAUGUUGCUGCAUGAACUACAAUCAGAUUUGCUUGGUCUCCAGAAAGAACAUAGUGGAUGUAUAGGAAAAGCUUGCAGCCUUUCAGAUCUUUCUCCUUCAGCUUUUGGUUCUUCCUCCAAUGUCAUCCUAGCUUGGCUGCUUGUAUUGAAUCUGAGAGAGAGUUUGAUUGGGACAAUCAAAGAUGAUAUACAAAAAAUUACCUGUAGCUGUUCUGAAAUAUUUACACAGUUACAAUUUCUGAAACAAACUACAGUCAUAGAAAAAGUUGAUGAACUGAAGGCUGCCUUCUCACAUUUUCAACAAUCAACAGAAAAUAACUUAUUACACUUUGGGAAGGAACUCAAAAAGCAGGACUCCACACAUUGUCAUGAGAAUAUGCCCAUAUCUGAAAUUCAUAAUGGUAUACAUUUGCAUGAAAAUGAAAAAUCAGUUGAGCCUUCUAUUCCAAAGGACAGUGUAAAUUCUGAAGAAGCUCUAAAAUUGACUGGUGAAUUAGAAAACUGUUUUGAUACACGGAAAGAUCUUUGUGGGGAAACAGAGACUUUAGACUUGCAUGCUCCCAAAACACAGCUAGACGGUCAAUAUGCCAAUACUAAUUCAAGUACCUGUAGCCUUGCAUCAGCUAUAGAGCCACCUGAAAGAAAUGAAGAAAUGUCUGAUAGCCUAUAUAAAAAAUCUCAAGAUAAAAACACUGAUACAUCAUUCAUUAAUGAAGAGUCAGAAACUUCAGUAGAACCUAACUCGACAGUUAAUAGUGUAACUUCUAAUGAUAAAAAUCAUAUUUUAGAUCAGGAUACUUCUGAGUUAGAAGGUGAAAAAGAUAUUAUACAUGUUACUACUGAUAAAAGUGAAGGUGAGAAAGUUGAUCCAAAGUCAGCAGGUAAUGACAAAACCCCAAAUAACCAACUUAAACUAGCUGCUGAAACCUCUGUAGAAUAUAAUAAUGAGGAUUAUUCUGUACAGGAAGACAAGGAAGAUGCAGAAACUUGUGAGGAAACCUCUGAGAGGUUAUCUACAGUGUCUCCAUUAUCAUUUUGUUAUGAAUCAAAGCAAUUUACAGAAUGUCAUAUGAGCGAAGGAGAACAGAAAUUGCAGGUAGAAGAACUGGAGAAUAAAAUGUGUUCAGAUACGUCUCAAUUUAAAAAAUGCUUAAAAAGUCCUGCUACUUCAGACUGGUCAGAUUACAGACCAGACACUGAAGAGAGUGAUUAUAACUUUAGAGCAUCCAGUGGUUUGACCAAUGAAAGCGGAGAGGAAGCAGUACUUGAAAAACAUUAUAAUACUGGCUAUGUAAAAAGAACUAUUGAACAACUUUAUGGCAAGACAGAAGCUUCAUUUAAGCCUGACUUUCACAAAGGAUUUCCUUAUAUGUCAAAAGUAUUUCAAAAGGAUAUUGAAGAAUUCCACUCUGCAGUGGUGGAAAAAACCAUUUAUUUUUCUCAAGAACCUAGGUCUUGUUCUGCAGAGAAGUUGUCACAUUCUUCACUACCAUCACAAGAAUUUCCAGUAAACAUAAACAAAGUUGACACUAUAUCGAGAAGAGAAAAUACUUCUUUACCAACACCACAACCUACUCUUAACAGAGAAGAGACAAGUUAUACUAAUGAUUGUUCAGGGCAAUCUCCAAAGCAACAUUGUCAACCUAGUGUACGAGCUAAUGAAGAUGAGGGGAUAUUGAUAGACAAAGGCAAAUGGCUUCUCAAAGAAAACCAUUUGAUAAGAAGAUCACCACCUGAACGGAUUGGAAUGUAUGGUAAUUUGGAUACAACAUCAACAGACACAGUCCUUGAUACUAACAGUGAUGAUGUUCCGUACUCGCACUUUGGCAAUCUGAAUCAGUACCCAGUCCUCAAUGAAAUCUCUUCUUCAGAACUUGAAGACAUGGCUAAACCCUCUGAAAAAUUUUGCAACUACUUCAAUAUACCUCAUAACAGUGAUUCAGACCCCUUUCAGGAUGACUUAAGUGCAAAAAGCAAACCUAGCCGCAAUGGUAAGAUCAAUUCCCUUCCUGCAGCAAACAAAGAAAAGAUCAAACCAUCAGUCAUGGUAGGUUCUACUUCCACACAGGCUGAUAACAAUUUUCCAGCCUUUACAUCUGUAGAAUUUAGAUUGCCUGAUAACAAGGUGCAUCCAUUGGAACAGCCUUUAAAUGACAAACCCAUACAGUCUCAGCCAACCGAAGUUAGUAAUCCUAACAGAAGUGCUCUUCAGGAAGAAGAUUCUCUGGAUAAACUCCAUGCUAUAUGUGGCCAACAUUGUCCGAUAUUGAUGGUGACAGUAACACCAAUUAAUGAGGAACAGAGAGGAUAUGCCUACCAAAAGGCAUCUGACUUUGAGAACCAGCUGGGUCCAUGUUUGUUGGCCAAAAAGAAUGAACAUUUACGAUGGUCAGGCGAAGAUUUAAUAACAGACAAAAAUAAUCACGCGGCUCUGAAGAAUAACUGUAUCAAUAAAAUUGCCAAUAAUAUUUUUAAUAGGUUUUAUGCUAAUAACACCUUAGAUUUUAUUAGUAACUAUGGAAUACUUGCAUCUUCAAUUCUGAAAGACACAAACAGUUUAGGGAAGUUACAUGUUAUAGAGGAUACGAAUGUAAAAGCUGUGGAAGUUGGCAACUGUCAAAAUGAUGCAUCCAAACACAUACUCAGUGAUCUUGUGAUAGGCACAAAUAACUGGGGAGCUAAUGAAAGGCUGAUGCAAAUCCCUGUUGGCCCGGAGGCUUUGAGUGUCUCCAUGUGGGGCAGAAGGGACAUGGAGGAGAAGCAGAAGCUGGAUCUGGAGCAAAAGAGGUUUGCAGUACAGGUUAAUACUGGAAACAUAGGACGUCUCUACAAAAUACGCAUAGGACAUACGAAUGCAGGAAACUCCCCGGCCUGGCACUGUGAAGAGGUGGCUGGGCAGCAAGAAAAACUACUUAAGUUGGCUGCUGUAGCCCGAGUCUUCUACAACCUUUGUACGGCACAGAGUGUCUGGAGUUUGCUGAAACCCAGGGUGUCACUGAACUCAGCCUAG